GGCUUAAAAGACCACUUCCUGCAGGCUUCAGGCCUCUUGCCAGGUGAGCUCUUUACAAACAAAGGUUUCUCUCGUUAGUCAAGAUACAGGUUAUAAAACACGCUGGUGUGAAAGACAGUCAACAUUCUUCAUCAUGGCAGUGAACAUCCCAGGAGUGAUAUUGAUGGUGCUCUUCUACCUGAUGGUCCUUGGGACCGGCAUCUGGGCUUCUUUCAAGUCCAAGAGGGAACAGAAGAAAAGUGGAGCCAAUGAGACGGAGAUGACGUUACUGGGAAACCGGAGCAUCAACUGGGUGGUGGGGAUCUUCACCAUGACAGCUACAUGGGUUGGAGGAGGCUUCAUUGUUGGCACAGCUGAGAUGGUGUACACUCCGUCAAUGGGACUAACCUGGGCAGCCACGAUGUUAACUGCAUACAGCUUAUCUUUUAUUAUAUGUGGCCUGGUGUUUGCUAAACCACUAAGAGAAAUGAGGUGUGUCACAAUGAUGGACCCUUUCCACAUCAAGUAUGGACAAGUUCUGACAGCUGGACUGAGCCUGGCCUCAAUUCUUAAUGAUAUACUAUGGGUAGCAGGAACACUGAUUUGUUUAGGAGGCACCAUGAGUGUGGUCCUGGAUUUGCCCUACACUCUGUGUAUCUGGAUCUCUGCUGCAGUUGUCAUCAUCUACACUCUGCUGGGAGGUCUCUACUCUGUGGCCUACACUGAUAUUAUUCAGCUUGUUCUUAUAUUCAUUAGCUUGUGGCUGUGUGUUCCCUUUGUCUUGAUGAACCCUAACUGCUUGGACAUCAGCAAGACACUGAUGAACAACACCUUACACGCUCCCUGGAUCGGUGCACCAGGACUGGAGAAGACCGGGAUCAUGAUGGAUGAUUUCUUGAUGUUUUCACUGGGAAGUCUGGGAUUUCAGUGUUUACACCAGAGGACGUUGGCAGCUUCUUCAUUAGCCACAGCUAAGCUCUCGUGCUUUGUCGCUGCUUUCCUCAUACUUGUGUUUGGAACACCUCCAAUACUGCUUGGGGCAGCUGCUGCAUCUACAGAUUGGAACCUGACGUCUUAUGGUUCUCCAUUUCCAUAUGAACGUGGGGAAGCAGCUCAAGUCCUGCCCCUCACAUUACAGCACCUCACCCCGUCCUUCAUCUCCAUAAUCGGAACUGGAUGUGUUGCUGCUGCUGUGAUGUCAUCUGCUGAUUCUGGUUUGAUUUCUGCUGCUUCUGUCUUCACCUCCAACAUAUACAAGAACAUCCUGAGGCCACAGGCAUCAGACAGAGAGAUUCAGUGGGUGAUCCGAGUUGCUGUGAUGGUCGUGGGUUUGGUUGGUACAUCACUAACCAGCCAGAAAAACAGUGUCUUACUCUUCUGGAUUCUUGGUGCUGAAUUGGCCUACGUCAUAAUCUUCCCUCAACUGGUCUGCGUCCUCUUCGUCAAUAUCUCCAAUGGUUACGGAGCUGUUAUGGGCUGUGUGGUGGGAUUGGUGCUCAGAGUUCUCAGUGGACUCCCAUCACUCGGGCUGCCAGUUGUCCUCCACUUCCCAGGAUGUGUUCUAGAGGAUGGAGUUCAUGUCCAGUACGCUCCAGUUAAGACCAUCUCCAUGCUGUCUGCCAUUGCUGCCAUCGUGUUGUUCUCCUAUCUGACGUCUGUGCUCUUCAACAAAGGCCUGUUACCUGAGAAGUGUGACGUGUUCAAGGUGAAAGUCCAGCAAUCAGCACGAGAGCUGACACUGGUACAUGGGGCCAAAGAAGACAAUGAGAAAGAGACACUGGAUAACACAUGUCCUCAGACUGAGGCCUCAGAGCCAAUGAUUAGCUCAGAGUGUUAGAGUCCCUGAAUAUCUGUUGUUUGAAAUCUAACACAGACCAGGAAGUUCUAUCACAUCACAUCACACAUCAUUUGUUAAUUUCUCAUGAUGUAUAUGUUCAAAACGCCAACUUGUUAUGAAAAGUGGACACUGUGUUUAUAGAUGGUGACUAUUCACAAAUCACAAGGCUGGAUUUUCUUUUCCAUGUAAAAGUGCAAACAGUUAUGAUUGUCAGUGUUCUAUAGGGAAAAUAUUACUGGGCUCUUUGUUUAUAUUUAACUUUUACAUCCUACACAGUGUUUUUAACUGGUUAUGAAAUUGUCUCAUAUUAAUUUGGCUGCCUCUUUAUGACCUACAACAGCAAAUGAGACAAUCCACGAGAAAAUUGGCCUUGUCUAUAAACCUGAGGUAUAAAUCUUAUUCACAUUAUAUACAUGUUACCCUUAGGUACCAUUUUCCAAAAGUAUUUCUCCAUAACUAUGAUAGAUACUUUAAAGGGAAAUUUAGGCUUCCGUUAGCACAUAAGAGCAUAAGAAUAAUAAAAAGUAAAUAAGUUAA